CUCCCUCCUCCCCUCCGGUCCUGUCUCCAGCGGGAGCGCGAGACGCUGGUCAGGCUCCGCGGCGCAGCUCGAAAAUGAAUAAUCGCCCCCGAUUGACUUAAAUUCCACCGAAGCCGGCGCAGCGGCCGCCCGCCGCUCGGAAUCUGCUUGCUGUGUUUUUGCUUCUCCAUUCUUCCUUUAAAAAAAUAGCAAAACAAAACCAGCCAGCCAGCCAACCAAGAAUCUGGUUUGUUGAUCGCCUUAUUUUUUUUUUUCACCGUUUGCGGGAUUUGCAAACCGAGUUACAUGCAUGUCCAGUGGGGGUAGGUUUAAUUUUGACGAUGGAGGGUCCUACUGUGGAGGCUGGGAGGACGGCAAGGCGCACGGCCAUGGCGUCUGCACCGGCCCCAAGGGCCAGGGCGAAUACACCGGCUCGUGGAGCCACGGCUUCGAGGUGUUGGGCGUCUACACCUGGCCCAGCGGCAACACGUACCAGGGCACUUGGGCGCAGGGCAAGCGCCACGGAAUCGGCCUGGAGAGCAAGGGGAAGUGGGUGUACAAGGGCGAGUGGACGCACGGAUUUAAGGGGCGCUACGGGGUGCGGGAGUGCACGGGCAACGGAGCCAAGUACGAAGGGACCUGGAGCAACGGGCUGCAGGACGGCUACGGCACGGAGACCUACUCGGAUGGAGGGACCUACCAGGGCCAGUGGGUUGGUGGCAUGCGCCAAGGCUAUGGUGUGCGACAGAGUGUCCCCUACGGCAUGGCGGCAGUCAUCCGCUCGCCCUUGAGGACAUCCAUCAACUCCCUGCGCAGUGAGCACACCAAUGGCACGGCCCUGCACCCCGACGCCUCCCCGGCGGUGGCCGGCUCCCCGGCCGUGUCCCGGGGGGGCUUCGUGCUCGUGGCCCACAGCGACUCUGAGAUCCUCAAGGGCAAGAAGAAGGGGCUGUUCCGGCGCUCCCUGCUGAGCGGGCUGAAGCUGCGCAAGUCCGAGUCCAAGAGCAGCCUGGCCAGCCAGCGCAGCAAGCAGAGCUCCUUCCGCAGCGAGGCCGGCAUGAGCACGGUCAGCUCCACGGCCAGCGACAUCCACUCCACCAUCAGCCUGGGCGAGGGCGAGGCCGAGCUGUCGGUCAUCGAGGACGACAUCGACGCCACCACCACCGAGACCUACGUGGGCGAGUGGAAGAACGACAAGCGCGCAGGCUUCGGCGUGAGCCAGCGCUCGGACGGGCUCAAGUACGAGGGCGAGUGGGCCAGCAACCGGCGGCAUGGCUACGGCUGCAUGACCUUUCCCGACGGGACCAAGGAGGAGGGCAAAUACAAGCAGAACAUCCUAGUGAGCGGCAAGCGCAAGAACCUCAUCCCGCUGCGCGCCAGCAAGAUCCGCGAGAAGGUGGACCGGGCUGUGGAGGCGGCCGAGCGGGCGGCCACCGUUGCCAAGCAGAAGGCGGAGAUCGCGGCCUCCAGGACCUCCCACUCCAGGGCCAAGGCCGAGGCAGCCCUCACCGCGGCUCAGAAGGCCCAGGAGGAAGCGCGGAUUGCCAGGAUCACUGCCAAAGAGUUCUCACCUUCCUUCCAGCACAGGGAAAACGGGCUGGAGUACCAGCGGCCGAAGCACCAGGUUUCCAGCGACGACAUCGAAGUGAUCUCCAUCGGGACGCCGCUGCAGCAGGAGAGCCCCGAGCUGUACCGCAAAGGCACCACCCCCUCGGACCUGACCCCUGACGACAGCCCCCUGCAGAGCUUCCCUGCCAGCCCCUCGGCCAGCCCGCCACCGGCCCCUGCUUCCAGGAACAAAGUCGCCCACUUCUCCCGACAGGUCUCGGUCGACGAGGAGCGAAGCGGGGACAUCCAGAUGCUCCUGGAAGGCCGGGGAGGGGACUACGGCCGCAACAGCUGGGGCGAGGAGAAGGCCGGGGGCUCCAGGGGCGUCCGCAGCGGCGCCCUCCGCAGCGGCCAGCCCGCGGAGGACUUCCGCACCCGGGGCUCAGGCCACAAGCAGCCCGGCAACCCCAAGCCCCGGGAGCGGCGGACGGAGUCGCCCCCCGCGUUCUCCUGGACUUCCCACCCUCGGGCCGGCAACCCCAGCUCGGGGGGUGCCAAGCUGCUGGAGCUGGAUGAGGAGAAGCUGAGCAACUAUGAGAUGGAGAUGAAGCCCCUGCUGAGGGUGGACUCCCAUGUGCAGGAGCCGCACCCCCAGAAGAGACGCUACAGCAGGGGGGGCGCCUGCCGGGGCCUGGGCGAGGACCGGGGCUUCGGGGCGCAGAGACUGAGGUCCAAGUCCCAGAACAAGGAGAAUGUCCGGCCAGCUGCGAGCACAGAGCCCGCGGUGCAGAGACUGGACAGCCUGCGGCUGGGCGACAGGGCCGAGCCCCGGCUGCUACGCUGGGACCUGACCUUCUCCCCGCCCCAGAGGUCCUCGCCUGUGCCACUGGAAUCCGACGAGGAGAACGGGGGCGAGCUCAAGUCCAGCACGGGCUCGGCUCCCAUCCUGGUAGCCAUGGUGAUCUUGCUAAACAUCGGAGUCGCCAUUUUGUUUAUUAACUUUUUCAUCUGAUGCGAUUGUCACGUUAGCAAAAACAACAGUUGGUGUACAAAAGGGGGACGUUAAAAGCAAAACAACAAAAAGGGAAGGAUCAUAACUCGGACAGCCCCACAGCUACUUCCGAGUCUUUUCACAGAACAACACGAUUGGGUAUUACUCACAGUUUGCCUUUUUUUCUGGGUAAUGUUUUUUGGAUUUUAGCCAAAAUUCUCUGCUUGUAUAACAUUAUGCUGUGUGGCAUGGCAGAAGGCGGCCAGCACGCCGACCCCUCCAGCUUGAUGUGGAAAGAAAAGGGAUCCCAGCAAAUCAGCGGCAAAAAAAUGAAAUCACUGUCAUCACACUCCUCCUGGGAUACGGAAAAGGAGGCAGCCUGAGGAAGACCACCCCGCCCCCAGCCCCGCCCCCCCGAGUGUCCAGCUGUGUCCGGCCAGAGGGGAAGCAGCUGCUGUGAGGCGUGAUGCGGAAGUCGGUUAACUCUGCUUUUCCUCUCUGUUCUGGAAUGGUGGGUGACAAGGAUGGGCUUGAGGCGUGGGGACAAGGGUGUUCCAUUCUGGCUGGCAGCAGCCUAGGCCUCUUUCUAUUUUAAAUCUGUGCCGCAUACUUAAGGAAGCAGAGCUGCCUUCUCUUCCUCACCAAACAGAUCACAGCCCUGCCCUCUUCUCGGCACUGCCGCACGGCUUUCCUUGCAAGGCCGGCUCCCCACACAGUCUUAAAGCAAAGCCCUUAUUUUUGCCGCUGUCCCUCCUCAUUUCGCCACCCUCCUACCAGACCCCGGGGGAGCAGUGCUGCAGAUGUCCAGGGGCCUGCAGAAGCCCCAGGGCUGGUGCUGGAGGGCAGGGAGCAGUGUGGGACACCCUCGGGCUCUGAGCAGGUGGCAUUCCUGCACUUACUGUGCAGGAGGUGUCACCAGGCUCCUGUGUCCCUGUCAGACGUCUGCGGCAAUGACGGCCCUUACAUGACAUCAUCCUCUUUCACUGUCCCUAAGCCCACGGGUUUCACAUCUUUUCCUGUGCCUGCGACUUUCCCCCUAGAUAUGCACAUUCCUUCCAGAUGCCUCAUUCAUUCUCCGGAACUGAUCUGGUCCCAGGACAGGAGUGUGGUUGAAACCCAGUGGCUUGAAAACCCCUGAGAAAUCGUUGCAUAUCCAUCUCCCCCAAAAUAUACAAUGUAACUUGUUUCAAUCAGACAAAAACAGGUUCCUGGUGUUUCUGCCUUCUCUACCAGCGUUGCUCUGUCAUCCAAACAAAAGAACAAGGUUCCAGAAUGUUUGGGUGCCUCGUGGUCCUAGCUAUGGAGCCAGCCCCAGCCAGCUUGGAUGGAUGUGUCUAUGGGGGCAUGGGCACGUCCAUAUGCAGGUCCCCCUGAGCUCACGCCUGGACGGUCCUUAAAGUGAGUUCCCACAGUCGUCCUGGGUACAGCCCGUCUAUGACUCUGCCUUGCUUUGCUUAUGUUUAGCUGUUUCUCUGCUACCUUUCAAGCAGAUUUCUUUACUACACUGCACUGGAUUGCUAUAUUUUUAACCAGAAAUAAACUAAAGAUUAGAGCAUGUUCCAGUUAAAUUCAGUUUUAUUUUUUUCCGUUAUACAUUCACUCCCCGUUCCUUCUCACAGUUUGGUUUAGGUUGGGGUCUUUUUUGGGGGAGUGGGUACAUGGGAGAGGGAGGGAGGAUCCGUAGGAAAUACAUUUCUGAUAAUGUUGCUUUUUAAAGGGGUGUUACAUCUUUUUGUACAUCUUACUUUCCGUUCCUCUUUUUUAAUAUCGAGUGGUUGCUGCAGACCUGAAGUGAACCAAAUAAAGAUGCCUGCUCCUUGCAGCUCUAAGAAUCAUC